AUGGGCAGCAGCCACGCCGGCGGAGAGAUGUGCAUGGAAGGCGGCAGGGCGGCGGCGGGGAGGCGCGGGGGCAAGAAGCAGCAGGCGGCGGAGCAGCAGCAGCACAAGGUCGCCAAGCAGCCGCAGCGCGGGCUCGGCGUCGCGCAGCUGGAGAAGAUCCGCCUGCACAACCAGAUGGUCGCCGCCCUCCGCUCCGCCGGCGGCGGCGCCCUGCACGACGACGCGCCGUCUCCGCCUCCGCCUUUCGCCGCGCCUCCGGCAAUGGCUGCCUCGCCCUUCCACCACCAGCACUACCUCACGGAUUGCUUUGAGCCGGCGGAUCACCGGAGGAUCGCCGGCGUGCAGCCGUACUACGAGGGCCAUUUGCCGUACAGCUCCAACCGGCUGGCGGCGGCGCCGGCAGCAUUCGUGGCGUAUGAAGUGAAGGGCGACCAACAAUACGCGUCGUCGGGGCAGAGGCAGCCGCAGUACCACUCCUGGAUGAGCUCCGGCUACGACGGCGGCCACUCCGGCGGCCGGAGCAGCACCGGUAGCUCGUCGGAGGAGCUGGAUUUGGAGCUGAGAUUGUAGCAGCCGUAGCCAGAUCGAUUAACCGACAUGUUAUUGCAGCAUUUUUGGCUGGUCUCUGCGGUUGGAUGGAUCGAUGAAGAAUGUGUGCAUGGGCGAAGCAUCAUGCAUGCACAGAUUGGAGCUAAGCUUACUCACAGUAACCAGCAAUUAGCUAGUGCUAGCUUAAUUGCUUCUGAUAAUCUGAUUUGAUUAGUGGUUGCUGUUGCAUUGGUACUGUACUCUCUGUUAUUUAUGCUAGCUGAAGUAGUUAAUUAGCAGCUGGCACAAUUGGCUGGAAUUACUGGAGAUGGUGGCAGCGUCGUACGGCUCUGUAAAUUAAUCUGGAUUAAAAGGCCCCAAGCAUAUUGUCUCUUCCCGUCAAAUUCUUGGCCAAUUAUAAUGAACAACCAUGCGAUGAG